AUGCAAUUCUAUCUCUUGAAUGGAAAACCUCUUCGCAAGUUUUAUCCGGAAAGGGGGCUAAGGCAAGGCGAUCCUUUGUCGCCUUAUCUAUUUUUGCUUUGUAACGAAGUGUUUUCUCGCUUCCUGUACCAUGAACAGCAGAAGGGGAACUUACACGGGAUUCGGGUGGCUCGGAAUAGCCCUGAAAUAUCCCACUUAAUGUUCGCGGAUGAUACCAUAGUUUUUCUCGGAGCCAACCCUUCGAAAGCGGAAACUUUGGUCCGAUGCAUUAAGAAAUUUGAAGACUGGUCUGGUCAGGUCUGCAGCAAACCCAAAUCGGGUCUCUUAAUCUCUAACAACUGUAAUCCUGGGCUGAAAGAGAACUUAUGGAGGAUUUUGGGAGUUGGAAAUGUUAAAAAUACCGAUCAACACCUGGGCAACCCGUUUCUUUUUGGGCGAAGUAAGAGAAGUGAUUUCAAUUUUAUCAAGACAAAGUUGUGUGAUCGUCUUGAGGGCUGGAGACUAAAACAUCUCUCUAAGGUUGGUAGAAUGACGUUUAUCAAGUCGGUUGCCCUCUCGAUUCCUUCUUAUACCAUGUCCACCUUUAAACUUCCAAGCCUCUCUUGCAACGAACUCGAUUCGAUUGUGAGAAGGUUUUGGUGGACUGGUUCUAUUGAUUCUAAACACUUUCUAGCCACGAAAUCUUGGAAUGCACUCUGUCAACCGAAGCAGAGGGGAGGUCUUGGAUUUCGGCGUUUCGAGGACAUUAAUCAAUCCCUUCUCUCAAAAUUGGCCUGGCAACUUGCAACCAAUGAUAACCGGCCUUGGUGUCAAGUUAUGAAAGCCAAGUAUUUCCCUAGAGAGAGUUUCUGGAGUGUGUCAGAGAAGAUCACUGACAGUUUUGUGUGGAGGAGUAUCCUCAAAGCCAGAUUGGGUGUAGCUGAAGGAGCUUGUUCUAUCAUUGUCUCUGGGGAGUGUAUUGAUAUUUGGUGGCAACCGUGGAUUCCGUGGUUGGGGUAUAAUGACUUCAGAACUACUAUGGAGAAAGUGAGAGAAAUCGCUCCUUACCUGGUUUGUGUGGCUGACCUCAUGUACCGUAAUACAAAGAGAUGGAAUCAUGGCUUCUUGAGAUUUUUGUUUGGUGAUGAGCUUGGUGCUAAGAUUGGGGCUAUUCAAAUUGUUAAAAACGGAAAAGAAGACUUCCUUGUGUGGAAAAGUUCCACAUCGGGGUGUUUCUCUGUCAAAGGAGCUUAUUGGAUGGCCCAAUCGGGGAGAUUUAAUGAGACUAACAGGUUUUGGAGCUGGAUUUGGAAUGCCAACAUUCACCCGCGAUUAAGUUUGAUGCUAUGGCGAACUUGUGCAAAUGUCCUACCUACAGCAAACACCCUUAAUCCCAAUAAUUGUAAGUGUUUCUUUUGUGAUUCGGGUGAUGAAAAUCCCUUGCACUUAUUUGCAACCUGCCCCUUUGCCUUGGCUCUCUGGUUUAGUUGCCCCUUCCCUGUAAGAUUGGAUACUAUUCAUUUUGGAAGCAUUUCUGAGUUGUUGUGUAAUCUUUGUGAGGGUGCUGAUAUUGAAAAAAGAAGUCAAAUGCUGGUUUGUUAUGCUGUACUGUUUGAGACUAUCUGGAAUGUUAGGAACAAAAUACUCCACAAUGUCAAUGCCUCUUGGAGUGUUGACCAGGCGCGAAGAGAUAUUGUUAACCGGUUUAAUGAAUUUGUCACUUCCCAUUCCUCUCCUUCCCUUAGUAUCACUGCAUCUGGGACUGAGGAGGUGUCUCUAAACAUACAUUCUAAGAAUCUGGUAGUGGUGGAUGGUUCUUUCUCCAAUGGUUUGUUUGGUUGUGCGGCUAUCAUUAUUGACCGUGACUCCUUGGAGUGGAGUUGCUCCUCGGCUGCUGGCUCUUAUGCUAAUGCUCUUGUAGCUGAGAUGGAAGCGAUUACUCUUGGAAUGAAAUGGGCCCUGAGGAAUGGUUGGGACGAAUUCACCAUUGCUUCAGACUCCGAAAUCCUGGUUGAUGCGAUCCGAACCAGAAGACUUCCUAAUUGGCAAUCACCAGAGGAGUUUUACUCUUUGUUGCAGCUUUUUGAUUCUAGUUCUUUUGUUAAUGUAGUGUUUGUGAAAAGAAAUGUAAUCACUUAUGUUGAUGAACUUGCUAAGAAUGCCCGACAUUCUCAGAGCGGUUCCUUAAACUGUAAAGGGGAGGGAUUUCUCCCUGUGAAUCCCGCUUUUUUCUGGUGUUAA